AUCGAUCAAAUUUGGCAAUUGCCAUAGUUUAUAUGUCUAAAGAAUUCAAUUGGAAUCAUAGUACUCAAGGUCUUGUGUCAUCAUCAUUUUAUUUCGGAUAUAUUACGACACAAAUUAUAGGUGGUGUGCUUACUGAUAAAUACGGUGCCAGGAUAAUAUUAGGCAUAUCUGCUAUAUCUUGGUCAAUUUUUACUUUACUUACACCAAUUUCUGCCAGAAUAAAUAUAUAUU